AUGGCCACCCGUAGAAGAGCUUCCGAUUGGGAAGAAAAGGCACCAAAGGAUCUCGAUCCUGAGGCCGAACCUGUCGAGGAGAGCGAGAACGAAAGCGGCAGUGAAGAGAGCGUCGACGAGAACGCGGGCACCGAGCACUAUGUUACCGUCGGCAAGAGCAAGCUCCGCGAAAAGGAGGGCGUUUCCCUCGGGCCCCAGUACCGCGGCGCUCGCGUCAGCCGCGAUGCGCUGAACGAUUCGAGCAACGAGGACGACAGCGACGUGUUCGAGGAUGCACAGGAGGACAUUGACUCGAGCGGCGAAGAGUUCGACGACCCCGAGACCGCCGACUUGGCCGCCGACGAAGCUGCGGCCGGAGGAGAAGACCUUGAAAUCUCAAGCGACGACGCCCUUGGCGACAGCGACGACGAGAAGCUCGAUGGCUUUGUCCUCGCUGCCACAAUCUCCGCCGCCGCCCAGCAGGAUGCGCAAAAGGGCCUCGCCGUCCGCGAGCAGCGCAAGACCUUUGACGGGCUGCUCAACAUCCGCAUCCGCCUCCAAAAGGCCCUCGUCGCCACAAACUCCUUUUCCGCCGUCGAGUCCCCCUCGGAAGAAGACGAGCAGAACUCGGAGCCGUACGAGGCCGCCGAGGAGGCCGCUCUCAAGCUGCUCAACACCCUCGACAGCUUCCGCGCCAGCCUGCUCCCCGCGGAGCUCGCGCAACAAGCCGCCGGCGCGAAGCGCAAGCGCGGCGACUACGACGCGUCGACUUCGAACGAGGCCAUCUGGGAGGGCAUCCAGGAGGCCGAGCAGCGCGCGGCAAAGUACCGCAAGAAGGUGCUCGAGACAUGGUCCACCAAGACGCGCAGCGCCAACGUCGAGGUCAAGUCUCGCAACCUCAUCUCGACGCAGACGUCGAUCGUUGCCAGCCUCGAGGACCAGCUCCUCAGCGCCGACCGCCUCAUCAAGCGUACGCGCACGCCGCGGUCCUGCGCGCCCGCGCAGGUGGCGCGCAAGGUCAACGAGGACCCGGAGAUCUACGACGACGCCGACUUUUACCAGCUCCUGCUCAAGGAGCUUGUCGAGCAGCGCACGUCCGACGCCGGCAACGGCACGGCGGCGCAGCCCACAGUGCGGUGGGCGGCGAUGAAGGAGGCCAAGACGAAGAAGCACGUCGACCGGAGGGCGAGCAAGGGCCGCAAGAUGCGGUUCAACGUGCACGAGAAGCUGCAGAACUUUAUGGCGCCCGAGGACCGGAGGGCGUGGGAGCAGGACGCCAUCGACCGGUUGUUCGGCACGCUGUUUGGGCAGAAGAUGGAGCUGAGCGAGCAGGCAUCCGACGCGGAGAUGGAGGACGACGAUGAGGUUGACGCAGAGGAGGCCGGUCUGCGGCUGUUCCGCAACUAA